ACACAGUGCGAAGAAGUUCGAGAUUGUGUCCACGUAGUCCACCAUUCAUACAUCGACUUCGCAUUACUGAAUCUCUCUGCAUUAGUACUGAAUAUUAAAAUACAGGCUGCGCGUUUUUUUUCUUUUCUUUUCUAUUUUUAUUUAAUUUUUAAUUUUUUUAUUUUUUGCAAAGUCAGGCGCAUCUGAAUAAUUUACACCCAGCGUAAUUUUCUGCUUAGGGUAAGUCAGUUAUAGAUUCUAACGUUCUAGUCUGGAUUAUUAUUAUUUUUUAUUUUUUUUAAAUACACACCCGGGUGAAUAUGGAUUUCCCUAGAAUGAAUGAAAGUCAUGGCACACUGUGGGAGUGCGCAAAAGCUCCAAUAGAUUCUCCAUUAAACCGCUCCACCGUGGAAAUGAACGCCACCUGUAGCAAUGCGUCAGAAUUAACCAAACUUCAAGUCACACGAUCUAAAGAAAUGUACUUGCUACGGAUCCUCCUCUACUCUCUGAUCUUUCUCCUGAGUGUGUUUGGCAACCUGCUGAUCAUCGUGGUGCUGGUGGUGAACAAGCGUAUGCGCACCGUCACAAACUCCUUCCUGCUCUCGCUAGCUGUCAGUGACCUCAUGAUGGCCAUCUUCUGCAUGCCAUUCACACUCAUCCCUAAUUUGCUGCAGGACUUCAUCUUUGGAGCCGCCAUGUGCAAGACCGUUGCCUAUUUCAUGGGUAUCUCCGUCAGCAUUUCCACCUUCAGCCUGGUUGCCAUAGCAAUCGAGAGGUACAGUGCCAUCUGCAACCCGCUGAAGUCACGGGCAUGGCAGACCCGCUCGCAUGCUUACAAAGUCAUUGCCGCUACCUGGGUGCUGUCAGUGGGCAUCAUGAUACCGUAUCCGAUCUUCAGCACGCUGGUGCCCUUCUCCAAACCCAACAACACCACUGCUCACAUGUGUCGCCCAGACUGGCGUAUAAGCCAAAUGGAACAGAUGUGGUACGUCUUGCUGCUUUGUAUUCUAUUCUUCAUCCCUGGUGUGGUGAUGAUCAUUGCCUAUGGCCUUAUCUCCAGAGAGCUCUACCGUGGGAUUCAGUUUGAGCUGGAGCAGAAGAAUGACUGUAGAGCAAUGAAGAAUGGCAUGAAUGGCACCGUAUCCUAUGGCCAAGAUGACAGUGAUGGCUGCUACAUCCAGGUUCCCAAGAAACCCCCAGCCAUGCAGCUUUCCGCCAUCAGCAACCCGGCCUCCUCCAAGCCGGAGAGGCCACGCAGCAACACCUCUGAAGCCAAACUCCUAGCCAAGAAGCGCGUGAUCCGUAUGCUGAUCAUCAUUGUAGCCAUGUUCUUCAUCUGCUGGAUGCCUCUGUAUACAGUAAACACAUGGAAGGCGUUUGACCAGCACUCAGCCAAACAGGCCCUCUCUGGCGCUCCCAUUUCCUUCAUCCAGCUGCUGUCUUACACGUCAGCCUGCGUCAACCCCGUCAUCUACUGCUUCAUGAAUGUGCGCUUCCGCAAGGCGCUGCUGACCACCUUCGCCUGCUGCGGCCUGCUGUGCCGCAAGCGCAAGAGGAGGGAAGGUGAUGAUGAGGUCGUUGGCGUCACAGCUGCAUCGAUGUCUAAAUUUAGUUACACCACAGUUAGCACAGUGGGGCCAUGUUAACUUUGGAUCUGGGGUUCGUCCAGAUUGAAUGAGUUUUAGGCACGUUUUUGUCUUGAGGGUCUCAAAGUGUUUUUGUAUUUGUGAAUAGUUUUGUGUAGUCUUCUUUCUGUCUUGAUAUUGUAUUGAUGUUAGAACUAAUGAGAAUGCCCAAGAUGUUGCCAAUGAUGAGUAAACAGCAUUGAUGCUGAUCCUCAGAGGAAAUGUUUGAGCACAUUCAUUUAAAAUACUAUGGACAAUCACUUAAAAAAACAAACAAAAAAAAACAACAACCCACAGAUACCUGCUGAAAAUCUACCUAUCACAGCCAUGUAGGAAAAUCAUGUAAAUAUUCAAUCAUUCCUACUGUGAUACAUAUACGUAUACUGCAUGAAACAAUAUGUCAGUUAGAUGCCUUGCCUUAGGUCAACUAAAUAAUGGCUACAAAAUGGUACAACCAUUCAUUCAUGAAUAGAAUAUUAUGGCAUUAUCAUUUGUCCUCAUCAUUUAUGGUUUAAGUGUGAGUCUGUGGUCUCUGCAUUGUUGUCUGUGAAUUAUGUUUAUGAACUGAGGAACCAAAUUACAAGCAUAUAUACACUUCAUUACAAGCAUAUAUUCCAUAAAGAGAUUAUGCAUCUUAUUACCAAAUCCUUAUCCUUGAUGCAUACCUCUCAGCUUGCUGUCUUGAAGUUAGUACACUUGACCAAUCCACUGUUUUACACUGCUGUUUUCAUAUUCUGUAAAGAAUUUCACUAAGUAGCUCGUUCUGUUUGACCAAUUUUGCUUCGGGAAAUUGGGUUCGAGAGGAAGCUCAAGAAGCAUUAUAAACGAUUUUUUUUUUCCUUUUUUUUUUUAUUUUUUAUUUUUUAGAAGGACAUGCUGGCACUGUUCACAGUAUUAAAAUGCACAUGCAGGCAUACAGAUGUACAGGAACACACUUAAAAAAAACAAACAAAAAAAAAACACCGUGGUAGUUGUCCUAAUUGCUUUGUCGCUCGUUGCAAGCUGAUGAGGCAUUCUUGUUAAGCUCCUCUGAAUAUAUAAAUGGUAAUCUCAGCCCUGUUUUGGAGUGAGUCUAAUAUUACAUACAAGAAUAUCUUGAAUUUUGCUUGGCCUUGAUUGUGAAUAAGGUAAUUGUAGUGCUUUGGUUUGGUCUAAUUUUAUUCCUGAAUAACAUAUUUAACUGAAAUUCAUAUUUAGAAUACUAUGCUUUAACAUGCUUUAGCUAAAAAAAUAAGAUGGGAUUAUAUAAGGUAUUGGAAAGGUGUUGAUAAUUUUUCUAUAACAGCAUGUCUUAAAGUAUUCAUUCCUCUUAUACCACAGCAAGUUAGCCAGUGCUAACAAAUUAAAAUUAUUAAAUCGACUCAACUUUUUUUGCCAUUUAUUGUUCCAUUGUGAUGUUGUGGAAUGCCUGAGAAACAAAUCCCUUAGUAAGACAAAAAAAAGCAGUUUUUCAUGGGCCAGUGAUGGCUCAAUGGUUAAUCCUCUGGGUUACUGAUCAGAAGGUUGGGCUUGACCAUAACCCUAACCCUAACCCAGAAGACCCUUAACCAUCGCUACUCCAGGGGUGCUGCAUCAUGGCUAACCCUGCACCCUAACCCCAACUUCCUAACAAACUGGGAUAUGAAAAGAAAAGAAUUUCCCUAAACUGCUUCUUCUAAUGAGAAAUCUCAAUGGCCUCUGCUCUAAAGACUCUCCCAUGUCUUUAAAACUAAUGCUAACACUGGAGACUCCGUCAAAAAGUGUUAAAUAAUCGUCACCUCGCGCUAUUUAUAAUAGAAUUAUUAUCCAUAUCAACAAAUGACACACUUUUUUAAAUUGUGUUUAUGUAGAGCUUUCACCAAACCCUGUCAAUUAAAUAAGAUACUAGAAUGAGUGUAUUAUAAUGAACUUGUGAUAUUGAUACCUUGGAGCUUGACCUACUUAUCAAGCUGUACUGUUAAAGAAAUUAACCACCACUUUUUGACCAAUCAGAUUUUCAGAAUUCAACCAUGCUGUGGUAUAAAUUGGAAUAGUAAUCUAAAUAUUAAGCUUCAUGGGGCUGACCAAUUAAAAUUUUUAUUUUAGUUAAGCUUGGUGCAAACUGCUGUACGGUGUGGUUAGGGACACUGCAAACUAAUGUAAAUCACAGAUGAAAGAUGUUCUCUCUCUUUUUAUCUUAAUCUGCUCUCUCUCUCUCUCUCUCUCUCUCUCUCUCUCUCACACACACACACACACACACACACACACACACACACACAGAUGGACUUGAGCAGAUCUGGACUGGAUUUUAUAUUUUUCUAACAUGCUUAUCUCUUCUCAGUCUGUACAAUACACCCAUAUGUCUAUACCCCUUUCCAUUUACCUUCUCCUAAAUUUUUAUCUGUUUAUCUCUCUGUGCCCCACUGUUUUAUGGACCAUCCUUGUAUGUUGUAAAACUAUAUCAAACCCAGGAGCCUUGGGGCUAAAACACAAGCAAUCUUUCUCAGUAUGACAGGCCGCCUCUUGGUGAAGCAGGUGCUGUUAUUUCUCCAAAGUUGCCAGCUUUGUGUUAUGUGACAAAGUUUGUUCUAGUCCUUCAAGCGCUCUAAGCAAUGUUUUGAACAUGACACAUUAAGCAGGCCAGCUACCCUUUUCAUUCUGCUCUGACAAAUCUAAAUUUCUGUUUCCAAGACUACCAUUCAAUUUCACACAGGCCUUGAUCAAACAUAGCUUGAAGUAGCAAAUGGAGCUUCAAACUGAAAUAGAGCCCCGUGCAAAUAUAAACAAUGAAUAAAAUAGUGGGGGGCAGAAAAACUUCCCCAAAGCUAUAGGAAAUGCAACAACCCAACAAAUCUAAUAAUCCAUUAUCCUGCACUUAUUUGCUCAGAUGAUAAUACAUUUGAUAAUCCAUCUGUGAUUGCACUAAUAAGGAAGAUGAAAAAAUGACUAGAAGUCUCAAACCUGAAAACUCAAUUAAAAAUUAUAUUUGGCCAAAUCCAAGAAUCAUAAUUAGGUUCCACUGCAAAAACUGUAAUUCGAGUUCAUAGUCAAAAACAGGCAAAGGCCUGUACAAUGAAAUCCAAGGCCUGGACUCAACAAUAAACAUCAAUAAACGCAUGAAAGAUAUUCACAACGAACAACGACGCAACAGGGUAUACAUAGAUAAACUAAUCAAGGACCUUGAACAGGUGAACACAAUCAGGCAACAAACCAAUGAAAGGACAGGACUAGAACAGAAAAUUAAAACAUGAGCAAAUAACAUUUGAUGCAACGUGAAAGGGGAAACUGUAACAAUCAGUUUAUUGCAAAUCACACUACACCAAAUAAGAACUUCUGCAAUGAUUGUAAAUUCUUAAAAAUAAGCAAAAGCCAAUGAAUGAACGAGUACAUUUAGAGUGAACGGGAUUCAUUCGUAGGAAAACCAACUGCAACACUCUUACUGAAAUUAUACAGGUUUUCGAUAGAUGAGUAUUUCUGCUUAGUGUCAGUACAUAUAAGUCUAUUUAUGUACCCAGUUACUAUGAAGCAUUUUAUUUAAUAUGUGCCUUUGCAAGUAUAUUGAGUCCAGAUAGUAGAAAAGUCCAGCCCAAGUAUAAAAGUGACACAUUCCAGGUGCCAUAUUUAACAUUUUCAGCUAAAUUCUGUAUCAUGCCUCAGAUAUGACCUCAUCAAGUUGAAUUGUGGAUGUGUUCUGCCAGUGAGUUAAUUGCAUAAUUGCAUAGGUCAUGUGUCAGAUGAAAAUAGUGAGUGUGGGCUGGAACUGAGUCAUCACUCUUUCAGUUUUGGAUAUGUAUAUAAAGUUUUAAAACUUUUUUUUUUUUUUUAAAUAAAGUAAAUUAACAAGACUGGGCAUAGGGUAAGACCUUUUGAAUGAUUAUAUGACUAUAAAAGCAUCUGAAGUAUCUGCUGACAUUGACUACCAACCCCAUGCUGACAUGGAUCGUUAAAAAAAAAAAAACAACAACAAUACUGUAAAAAAUGCUGUAAUUUAUG